AAAACGAUUACGUAACAUACAUUAAUAUAAUUGAACUUUUAACACACACAAAAUAUACAUAUUAUAUGCAAAGAGCUAAGUCAAUGCUUGAAGUUUUUUUUUUAUAUCCCACCCCUCUAAUUCUUACACCACUGAUAUACACAAUACUAUGUGCUCUUUACAUCGCUUGGUUGACCUCUAUGAAAGCGACCCUUGAUCCUUGUUUACCUUUGAAUAUACACGCAUAUCUCCGAGCCGAACGAAGCAAGCAAGGUUGAACAUCGGAUUAAUAUUAUUCACUCUGAAAGUAAAGAAAUAUAUUAAGAUGACGGCUUUGGCAGGUCUUCCAUCUGAUUUCGGCUAUGUGAUCCUCACAGCUGUGGCUAGUGCUAUCAUGGUCGGCUACUUGGCAGAGAGAGUCUCAUUUGCUCGUAAGGCACAUAAAGUAGAGUAUCCCACGUUUUACAGCCCAGAUAAUCAGCUGUUUAACUGUUUCCAACGAGCUCAUGCGAACACAUUGGAGAAUUAUCCUCAAUUCCUCAUGUUGCUGUUUCUAGCUGGUAUUGGAUUUCCGAGAGCUUCAUCGAUCCUUGGAGUCAUCUAUAUCGUGGGUCGCAUCAGCUAUGCCCAUGGAUACUACACGGGAGAUCCAAGCAAGAGAAUGAGAGGAGUUUAUGGGUACAUCGGUCUUCUUGGUCUGCUCGGUCUAUCUGUCACAAACGCACUUCGACUUCUUGAGUUUAUUUAAAUCAACAUUCUAAGCAAAGACUUAAAGCCUUGGUCACAACUAAUCGCAUUUACAUUUUGUCACUAAAAGAAAUGGCAAUCGCUCAUCACCAUCCCGCCCCUCUCAUUUCGCCAAAAUUUCAGGUUUUUCCCCUUUUUUUAAUCAAGAUUGCGACCAAAAUCACCAAAAAAUAGUUAAGUCUUGUAACCUUUUUUUUUUUAUUUGAUGUAACGUUAACGUAAUACUAUUGGUUAUUCUUUUGAUAUAAAUUGCAUAUUAAGUCGUGGAGGGAACUAAUCUAUCAUUGUUAUUUUUUAGUUGUAUCGAUUUUGUCCAUAAAAAAUUGGUUGUUUUGCAUUUAUAACAGAGUGUUGCAUUUUCGUAAUCUCCCCAUGAAUGAAAUCGCGAAAUCUUUCAACCGGUUUUGUUUGUUCUUUCUAAUAGAAUUGCAUAUGGAAUAUAUAUGGUCAUAUCUAAGCCAUAUAUAACUGCUUUUCUUCUAUCUCGAGUCUAUGAAGACUAUAACAGAGUGUUAUACGCAAUUUAUUAUCUUCUUUCUUUUGCUAUGACUAACUAAAAAUAGGACUCAUUAAUGAGGUACGUAAGCUGACCAACCACAAAACCCGGCGAACUGAAAUAAUUUCAUUGAGUCUUGAAAAAUUCCAUUGCUUCAAACUUUCUUUCUUUUUCUUGAAAUGUAAAUGUAUUAUAUACGUUUGCCAAAGUAAUACAUUUUAUCUGGGCAUAACGACUGUGUUAUUUGAUUCCAAUCAAACUAAUAUAUUGUGUGGAUUAUUUCAGGUGAUUUUAUAAUAAAAGUAUUAACAAUCGAAGAA